AUGACAGGCAACAUCUGCACUGAGCUAAAGGCUAGUACUGCCACUUUCAAGGAGCGGGACAAUAAUCCGUCUGCUUAUAAGAAAUCCUGCUAUUCCGUCCGACGGAUCGUCCAACAGGCAAAGUGUCAAUACAGGACAAAGAUCGAAUCAUACUACACCAUCUCUGACGCUCGUCAUAUGUGGCAGGGCUUGCAAACUAUCAAGGAUUACAAAAGGGAACCCGGACGAGAGCUGCCCAGUGAUUUUGUAAUACCUACAUGCUUCAAGCAAAACACCAUAGUCCCUGUUUCCAAGAAGGCCAAGGUUGUGAGGGUAGGCAACAACACAUCCACCACUCUGACCCUCAACACAGUGGCCCCUCAGGGGGAGGUGCUCAGUCCCUUCCUGUACUCCCUAUUGACCCACGACUACAUGGCCGCGCACAAAUCCAACACCAUCAUUAAGUUUGCCGAUGACACGGCGGUGAGUCUAUUGAUGCACCAGUGUGUCAAUCUUUUUUCAAGGCCGGAGGAAGUCGACAUUGAUGCCAAGCUGAGCAGGUUGUGGAAACAGGACAAGGUUGUCCGGACGCAGGAGGACAAGCUACAGCAGCUACACAGAGAGAAGCAUACCCUGGAGAUGGCCCUGCUGUCGGCCAGUCAGGAGAUAGAGAUGAGCUUUGAAAACCCAGCCACUGUACAUGGUGUCAUCCAGCAGAAUGAAGUGCUACAGAGUGGCCUGCUUAGUACCUGUAGAGAGCUAUUCAGAGUUAACACUGAGUUGGAGCGGUCAUGGAGGAACUAUGAGAAGAUGGAGAGAGACGUUUCAUUGGCCAAGAACAACCUGCUGGAGCAACUAGAGGCACUGGGAAGCCCUCAGACGGGGCCCCCCAGCCAGCAGCAUGUCCACAUCCAGAAGGAGCUGUGGAGGAUCCAGGACGUGAUGGAAGCCCUCAGCAAGAACAAGGCCCAGAGGAGCUCAGACACACAGGGAUACUAUGGCUCCACGCCCAUCUCCAACAAACAGAAGAGUGAAGAGGAGGAGUUGGAAGUGGAGAACCUCUCAGCUCCCCCGUGGCCACCCUUACCCCAGGCUUACGAGCCGAACCAGCCCAACCUCCCUGCCAUACCCCCCCUGUCCUCUCCGGUUACCACCAUCUGGCGACCGCCACAGCCACCACAUCGGGGUCCCGAGGAUAGGGACCGGAAAGCCAGCCAGAGGAACGGAACACACAGCGGUCCAGACUACAGGCUGUAUAAGAGUGAACCAGAGCUCACCACUGUAGCUGAGGUGGAUGAGACCAACGGAGAGGACAGAUCUGAACAGUCUGACAGAGACCCCUCUGACACCAAAGGUACACACGCAGAUGUGUUACAUAACUUUAAUAUUUAUGUUCUCCCUCCAGGAUUGUCAUACCCCAUUGGCAUCGUUCCCCCCAGAACCAAAUCUCCCAUAAUACCAGAGUCUGUCACCCUGAGGAAGGGCAGGAGAACAGACCCACACAUGGAGUGCCAGUGUGUACAGACUCCGGCCGCAACACCUGACUCUAUAGGGGAGGGUCCGGGUGGGCGUCUAGCGUCGGUGGCGGCUCCGGUGCGGGGCGAAGUACCCACUCCGCUUGUGGUUUCACCAGCAUCGGUGGAGGCUCUGGUGCGGGACUUUGCCCCCGCCCAGACCACGGGUCCGGCCAUGGUUCCGGGUAAAAGCCGUGCCCAGACAGGGCCCCGGCGCCGAAGAAGGUUCCUCCCAUGGAGCUGGACCGUGGACCGUCUCAGGAGGUUCCGGACUAACCGUCGUCAGCGUGACGAGGUGAUGAGCAGUGACAUCCUGGAGCUGGAGGCGUCAAUCAGAGAACAGGAAGUGUUCAGAGAGCAGGAGACACCUGCCGAGGAAAUAGCACGACUCAAAGAGGCCUCGCACACUGACCACUACAACAUGGACAGAGAGGUAUCUGAAUCACCCUGUGUAAGUAUGCAGAAUGUGCUCUCACCUCCCAGUGGGGUGCUGAGCCCAGAGGAGGAGGCUGAGGAGGAGGCUACAGAUCAAGAACAGGAGAAGAUGAUCAACAUCUCCUAUGAACUGGCUGCUGAGGCUUCCAAACGCAGCAAGCUGGUCGCAGUGCACAGCUUGUCCUCCUCCUCACCUUUUCCUGAGCCCCAAUCUUCCUCAUCUCCACCUCCUAACACACAACCACCACCCCAGCUCACUGAUGGGUCCCACUUCAUGUGUGUGUAA